AUGGAUAAAUAUGAAGCGGUGAAGAACCUGAAAAUUAUUUCCGCCAGUAUUGACGAACACAAGACAUGUGCAGGCAGGUAUAUGGACCACCGAAGUGGUACAAACGAAGCAAUUAAAAAAAAAAACAUGAAGAACAAAUAUUUGCAGUUGUUGAAGCAUACGACGAAUACACGUAAUUGUGGUGAUGCGAUCAACAAUCGGAACUGUCGUCAUUUGGAUCACUUGUCCUCGAAGGAGGAGUUUAAUCCACCCCCCUGUAAUGACUGCGUGAAGAAUUCAUCUAUGAGGUUAAAACAUGUGGAGACCUGUGAUGAAGGUGGCAAAUUGGGCGAGACAAGAACUAGCGCAGAGUUCAUAAGAUAUUGUAAUGACCCAGUUGAGGAUGCGAAUCCGUCUACUGGGCUUUCUAUUUCUAAGAGGAAAGUAUGCGCCCAAGAAAAUGGCCCCCCAGGUGGAAACACAAAAGGGAAGGAAAAAACCAACCUGAUUAGCUUCUACAAGUACAACAAUUUGACUAAUAAGAAUAAGCGACCAGGGAGCGUGGACGCUACUGCAGGAGGUCUGGUUGGGUUACCACCAGAUGAUGAGCAAUACACAGUUAAGUGCAGCUUGAAUUCCUUAACCUGGAAGAGGCUGCUAAAGAAAGGGUGCGGGUCGUCACAGGAAAACAGCAGCACUUCGUCCGCUAGUAAAAUAUGCCAUGUUGCCUCGAAUGAAGAUACAGAAUCGUGUAAAUUGUAUAGGGAGGAUGUGCCACGAAAGAGCAGUAACUACGCCGUUAAAAAUGGCGCAAGAGGAGGGAAAGGCAGCGUAGCCAAAGCGGGGCAGCCGCACCUCGUUGAUGUGGCGAGAAGAGAACCAGCAGAGAGCGCCCUCAUAAACUGUUUCCUGAAAGAGCGUCUUGGCAAUGGAGUCGUGAGUAGUCGCUUGGGCAGGGGCAGAAGCCAGGGGGACGACUCGAAUGGAGACCCUACUACACCAAGCAGAAAAGGGAAAGCAUCUUCGGAGGAGACACCACCGAAUUAUUGCCUCGGACAAGCAGGCACUAAUGUUGACCCCACACAGACGGAUAGGAACCUCGGCAAGCUGUUCAAAUGUUCCAUUAAAACUUACAGCAACGGUUCUUGCAAUUCAGGUGACAGUGAAGUCCCCUUCAGUGAUGAUCUCGUGAAGGGGAGUUGUAUUUUCUAUCCUCGUGAUGCAGGCACGAACGAUCGGAAAGGUGAAGAGGGUCCCAACUGCAGGUUCUGUAUGCGUAACAGAGACACACGUGCAGGAAGCGAUUCGAUCAGUUAUGGGGAACACGCGGCCGUUUUAAGGAACAAACAGAGAAACAACACAAGAACCGUAAAGAAGGGUUCAGAGGAACUGCACACCGAAGGUCCACUAAGGGGGGGAGCAAGUGGUGGACAGGAAGACACACACACAGGUAGCACCCCUGCUCGGAAGUACCCCUUGCAGGGGAAGAGUGCGUCUUCCUGUGAACAGAAAGAACAUAUUUUACACGUGGAAGGAAAAAUGCUACGUGGAAAUAUGAACGCGUCGAAAAAGGCCCACAGCGAUUCGAUGCUUCCCUCCUGCAAAAAAUUGACGACGAGCGAAUUUCGUAGUAGAGGAAAAAACACCAGUGCAGGUAACGUUGCUGAGUGUAUAUGGCGAAGUGAAGGGAUGGUGAAGUCACGUAGGAGGGCGAAGAGUAGAGACCCAAAAGGGGAGGGUGAACCCUUGGGGCAAUCACAUAACGACACGAGUUGCUUCUACAAGUGGAGCCACAAAAAUGGGAGAAAACAAGGAACACGAAAAAAUAAAAAACUUGGGACGUUUACAUUUUACAACAAAUUCAAGUUAAUGAGAAUUACAAAGAAGAAAUCCAUUUUCUGCUACAGUGAGUUUGUGGAGCCGUGCACCCGAUCCGACAGGGGGGAAUCGAAGGAGGAAGUUCCAAGUGAUUUGCGUAGGAAUUUGUCUCAUUAUCGUGACGAUGAAGUGGUACUGGAAUGCCCACUUGACGGUAUUCCUAGUGGUAGAAUAAACAGAGGAAGGACCCUCCAACUGCAAGCAAAGGCAAAGACGUACCUCUCGUUUUGUUGCCGCAAAACGAAUCAGGAAUCUUCAUCCGUCCCUGUUUUAGGAAACGAAUAUUUUAAUUUUUCCACUUUAAAAAAAUAUAAAAGUCUAGACAAGGUGUUAACAUGCGUUCGGGCUAACUCUGGUUAUGUUGUGCGCUGCAGGGGGGAGAAGAUGAUCACCAAGGUUGUGGGGUCAAACGGGGAAAAAGGGUUCGUGAGGCAGAUGGAGGAGGAGACGAAGAAGAAGAAGAAAAAAAAAAAGGAGAAAAACGGAGCGGCGAGCACAUGCGGCAGAGUUUGCUCUCGUGGGGCGGAAACUGGGGGGCAUUUUCCUCCCCGCCGCUCGUGGUCGAAGCGUGAUAAAAGCAGGCACACAAAUGGAGGCUGCAACGAUCGUUCCUGUUCUACCUUGUUUAGCUGUCAUCGGUGUGGGGGAACUCAGAACAGGGCUCCCUCCUUAGCGGCAGAAAAAAAGUUGAAGAAGAGCAGGCAAAGUACAUUCAGCGAAAGGAUUUCUGGAGGGAAGAAUCAGAUACGUUCCUCCCCAGUCGGCGGUCCACAUUGGGGGCGCAGCGGGAGGGAUACUCGUGUAGGUGGUGUGGAAGAACCCCAUUUUGGUAGGACGAAGGCACUGUGUGAGGAUCAUUUGGCAAACUCUAUCACAACGGGCAAAAGGGGUAAGUUCUCUUUUUGCAGUGACAGGAAGCGGCAGUGGUUGAACGUGAGGAAGGAGAGGAAAAGGAAGACGAGGGGUAAGGCGAAUAAGCGGAACGUGGUGAAUAGGAAGUGCAUAGAUCAUAGGAGUGGCUCGAGACACAAAGCGAGGAGGGAGAAAAGCCAAGUGGGAAAGGAGCAACAAGGACCAUUCUUCUCUCUAUUCGAGGAUAAGCAAGAUGAAGGGAUCAACCAAAGUAGGGGGAAGAAGAAAAAAAAAAUGGGCUCUAAAAACGGGGGGGAGACAAGCCUGGAAAGACUCCAAAAAAAUUGCUUGUCAUCCUAUAAUCUUGUAGAGGAUAAAAAUUGCCUCGAAGAGAGCGCAAUAAAGUACGUGAUAAGUGUGUACCGGCGGGAAGGGGUCCAGGAGGAUAACUGUGAAAAGGGCAACAAGCCAAUCCGAAUGAAGGAAAAACGCAGUAAAGACGGAAGAGCCAAGCUGCAGGACGAGGAUAUGCCCCAUUUGAAGACGACCCCAUGCGUAUUAAGUUCCUCCGUGUGUAUUAACCCCAAUUGUACGUACUACAAUAAGUUGUAUUGCAUCGUAGGGUUGAUCUACUGUGGAGAAAAGUCGCAAGUUUAUAAAUGUAUGAACGUGCUUAACAAGAAGACCUAUGCAAUGAAGGUGAUUAUGAGAGAAGAGAGAGAUGAUCAUCACAUGAACGAAUUUUACCAGAAGUAUUUAUUUUUAAAACAGAACAGACACAGGAAUGUAAUUCCUAUAUAUGAUGUUUUUGACGAAGAAAACUACAACUUCAUCGUCAUGGAGUAUUGUGAGGGGUGCACUUUGCUGGACUAUUUUAUGUCCCUCGUUCCUGGAUCCCUGGAGGUUCGGGAGAUUAAGUGUAUCAUGAAGAACCUUCUACUCGGGUUGGACUUUUUGCACUCCAACAAUAUCAUCCAUAGGGAUAUUAAGCUGGAAAAUAUUAUGUUUAAGAGGAAGCGGAAGAGAGACUACGAGGGUGAAGAGUUUGGCUCGUGUGCACUGAGGGGUCUCCAGCGAAGCGGUAUGGAGAGGGGGGGCCAGGUUAAUCGCGCUUUACGUGUUGGUGCUCUUCCAGGGGGAGCCACCUCCGGGGAGUCCCUUCCUAGUGGUUUCCCCUCCAGUGGGGUCUACUCGAACGGCCUGUCCUCCCAUGGGAUAUUCUCCUCCAGUGGGUGCUUCUCCAGUGUAUGCUUUUCCAAUGGGGUCUUCUCCAAUGAAGCACUUUCCAAAGAGGUUCCCGCGUGCACCUCGUUGGAGGGACCGGGUAGACGCACAUCGACAGUGUUGUCUGCCCACUCGAAUUUUUGCGGCUCCUCCGAAGGUUCCUCAGGAGGUUCCUCCAUAACGGUAAACUCCUUUCAUUCCCAUUGCUGCGAUAGGGAAGACUACCGAUCCAUGAAAAGGGGGCAACACAACUUGGAUCGAAUGAGCCACGAAGGGAACUACAUGCAGGCCCUUCUCCUUAUGAAGGGGUACAGGUCACCAAAAAAGGGACAGAAAAAUAUUUCCCUGUUGAGGUUCGAAAAGAACGAAGGAACUAGAUGUUCCACAUUUAGAGAGCUUACAAAAAAUUAUAUUACAAAGAAGAGAAGAAGAAAGGAGGGAAACAACUCUUACAACGAUCUGUGCUUAAUCGACAUGGAUAUGAUGGAAAAAGUAAAGUCAAGCAAGUUUAGCCCCAACAGAAGGUCCGAAGUCAUAUGUGGAACGGCCCCCUACAUGUCUCCUGAAUCGCUAGAUGGGAUCAUCUCCACAGCUAACGACGUAUGGUCCUGUGGUGUCAUUUUGUAUGCUCUCAUGGAUGGUCGUUUCCCAUUUCAGAUAAGUAAUGAUAUGCCUGUUUCGUUGAAGAAGAAGAUUUUAAUGCACACCAAGCCCAACUUCGAUCCGUUCAUUUGGCAGGACCACCCCGAUGUGCUCGACUUGUGUCUGAAGCUGUUGGACCCCAACCCGUUCACACGCAUACAGAACGCCAGGGAGGCUCUCAUUCAUUACUGCUUCGCCGAUAUGGUGUAG